AUGUCUUCAUUCAAUCCCUUAACCUCUAUCCUGAAUCAAAAUAAACUAGAAGGCACUAACUAUGUGGACUGGAAAUGUAAUUUGGAUAUUAUUGUUACUACUGAGGGAAUUAAAUUUGUGUUGGUUGAGGAAUGUCCUGUUAAGUCGGCUGAACCAACUGAUGAUGAGACUAAAUCCUAUAAUAAAUGGGCGAAGGCUGAUGAGAUGGCAAGAUGCUACAUUCUUGCCUCCAUGGAAAAUGUGUUGCAGCAUCAACAUCAUUCUAUGACUAAUGCUUACGAUAUGCUUGAAUCUCUCAAAGAUAUAUUCAGUGAGUAAAAUCUUGUUGCAAAGUAGACGGCUAUGAAAUCCCUUUUGACCACAAAAAUGGUUGAAGGAACUUUGGUGAGGGAACAUGUUCUUAAAAUGAUAAGUUUGUUGAACGAGCUGAAAAUUCUUGGUGCGGUUAUUGAUAAGGAAUCACAGGUUGAGAUGGUCCUACAGACUCUGCCGGAUAGUUUUCAGCAUUUUUGCUUGAAUUAUAACAUUAAUAAUAUGAACUUAUCUCUUGCAAAAAUAUUGAAUAAGCUACAAGUGGAAGAAUCUAUCAUUAAGAAACAAGCUCCUCCUGCGGUGUUGAUGGUUGACAAACCUUCUUCUUUGACUUCUAAGCCGAAAGGCGCAAAGAAAAGGAAGAAAAAGUCCCGUAAGAUUCAAGGUUCUAAUAGUGGUAUGGCUAAGUCUAAGUGA